AUGACUGUCAUUACUGCUCUCAAAUAUUUUGCACUACUAAUCGUCGUCAUUAUACCAUUGUGUAAUAGUUUUGUCGAUAUACGCCAUCGUUUUGAACUUCCUCAAAUACCGACUGAUUUAAAGAAUCAAAUUUUGACUGAAUGUAAACCAACAUUUGUCAAAUUUUUCCACGCACACAGCGAAGAUAAGAUAACACCGCAGACGACAACGAUGAAAACGAAAACAAUAACAAUAACGCCAAUAAAUGCAUCAGCCGUAGAAAAUGGAACAGAAGCGAUAUCAGAGGUGGAAGGAAUAUCAUCGGAAUCAGAUGGUCAACAAUGUCCAAUUGCAAUAAGUAAUUGUAUUUUAACAAAAACAAGUCCAUUUAUGGAACAUUGUAAAGUGAAUUGUUCAACUAUUGCGGGAAAAUCAACAAAUGAUUUUCAUUGUUGGAAUGAUAAUUGUUUCAUUCGCGCCACGCGCAUUUGUGAGGAAAAAUUUUGGCGUACGGUAAGUGCAAAAAAUAGGAAAAAGAAAAAGAAGCGAAUGCAUUGUAUGCUAGAAAUUAAGCAUUGUUAUAAAUUAGCAUGUUUAAAAUGUCUUGGACGAGAAUGUAGUAUGAAUUGUUAUGGUGGUGGUAUACAGUAUACUCAUUUGACAAAACCAAGCUGGAAAGGUUAUGAAGAAUAUAAGAAAUUUUUCCCUGAAGUAGAAGAUAUUAUUCAUAAAUUCGUUUUUGUUCCCGAAAAGAUUAAUAUUGUUGAAGAUUAUGAUGAAUAG